AUGUGAAUUCUAUUUGUUUAGAAUAUAUUCUCUCUUAGUGAAAUACAUGCAACUGAACACAGUGACAUUAAUUUAUAUCGUACACAUAAAUUGAUGCUUUCUUCGUUAAGUCAAUUUUUAGUUAACGAGAAUACAUUUAAAGAAAUGUUAAGAUUGCAAUAUAUUAAAGGACCCAUUAAUGAUGCUACUAAGGAUAAAUACAUAAAAACUUUUUUUGAAAUAGCUGCUAAUUUGUCAUUAUUUUGUUGUAAUGCAAUUUCUGAUCAUUCUACGGAUCGCAGAAUUAAUGGAAUAAUGUUCUUAGAAACAAUUCAAAGUAACGAUAAUUUAAAUAAUUCAAAUAAAAUAAUCCAUUAUUUAAAUGUUAUAAUCGAUCAACUAAAAAGCUCUGUAGAGUUUGUUUAUAACCAAAAUUAUACAGCAGAUAACUUAUUGUGCCAAAAAGCUGUACCACAAGACAUUAACGGUGAUGAAUUGGUAACACAUAAAUAUGUAAAAAGUUUUUUUAAUAUGAACCAGUGCUUGUGUACAACAAGAGACGCGCUAUCGCUUUGUGUAUUUGUAACAGAACAGUGUUUGUAUUUACUAUGGAGCCAUCUCGACUUUUAUGUACGAAAAACGUUUUCAAAUGAUUUUGAGCAUAAAUUAUUACUAGAUUUUAGAAAUUUAACAAAGACUAGGAGCGAUCGGCCUACACCUCCUAAUCACUCGCCAUCGAAGAUAAAGUGCCGCUCACCUCACUCGGUAGAGUUAAAUGGAACGCAAGAAAAAAAAUUGAAGCAGAUUUCCCCAAAAAUAAUAGAUCUAUUUGGACCACAGCACGAAACAGCGAAACUUUAUAAAGGUGGUUCACAUGCUACUGACCAAUCGGCCAUUGGCCUUAACUUGAGUGCAUUUUCGCAACAUAUCAACAACAACAACUAUAAUCUGAAUAACAACAACAAUAGCAAUAACAACAAUAACAAUAAUAAAUCCUCAAUGAAAUUGAAUGCAUUACACUCAUCACUACAUUCGUCAUUGCACUCAUCAUUUAAUGAUUCGGUGCUGAAUCUGUCAAAAUGUUCAACAUUAAAUAUGACUCAUGAUGAUUAUUAUUAUUUCGUAAAGCCAGAAUUGGAUGUAACUGAACGUCACAAUAGUGGCGCACAGCAACCCAUACCUGCUCAUCAAAGUAACCAUACGCAACAACAGCAACAUCUACAGCUAUUGAAGAGCGCUCAUCCCGUGCAUAAUGACAGUCGUGUCUCAUCUACACGCAAUGAUACCACACAAAACACAACAUUCGAUGAUAUGGAUGCCUCUUCGUUACGUAGUGGAGAUGAAGUUUCCAUACGCAAUACAGCAGCCAGUCAUCAAGGUUCUGAUGAGGUUGAAGAACUGGAGGCAAUUGAUGCUGAUUUUCCAUAUCCAUUAAUAUUAGACUCUAACUCACCUAGGAGUGCUGGCGCAAAUACUGUUAAACGUAGACGUAAGGAUAUGCAUGGCUCUGACGAUGCAGACGAGGAUGAUGAAUAUGAAGGUCAAAUGUUGCAGCAACAUCGUCAUUUGCGUCAACAAAGCAUGGGCAUGAAUGGUAUGGUUGGUAUGGAUAUGCCGCCACCGCAGACUGUACGCGAAGUUCUUAAUUCCAAAUUUUGUGGUUUCAUAUCAGCGAAGCUAAAUAGCAUGGAAGACACAGAGGCUGAUAAUUUAAUGAACAAAAUACUCAUGUUAUUAGUACAAACACAAAGUAAUGAUACGAAGUGAGAUUUUAAAUUUAUUUAAAUUAAUUACAUGUAAAUAUGUAUCUCAAUCAAUAUCAUGUAAAAAUUUAAUUUAAUGAAAUUGUAUCUGUAACACAAA